CAAACCGUUACGAGCCUGCAAGCCAGCGCCCAGGGAAAAAGCAAUCGACCCACCUAUCGAAUCGAUCACGUGAGUUUCCCUUGGCUUGUCAUGUGACUCGUGUCCACUUUUAGCUACCUCAACAACUGAUUCGGUCAACAAACAUGAGAGCGUGGGUGCAAGUGGAAACAUUGGGCGUCUUGCUACUCCUCCUGUGGGCCGCUCCGGUUCCCGUCCGAACGCGCAGAUGCUGGUCGUUUUUCGGCCGAAAAUGGCUCAACGUCAGCGGCGUCAACGGCGUGGACCCCGGCUCUCCUCUCUUUCUCACGCCUUACCUGGAAAAGGGCGCCAUUGACGAAGCCAGGAAAUUGAGUGUAGUUGGAAAUCUGCCUGGCGAAAAUGUGAAGAGUUAUGCUGGCUAUCUCACUGUCAACAAGGAAUACAACAGUAACCUCUUCUUCUGGUUCUUCCCUGCACUUAAGCCGGCCCCUGACAAUAAGGCCCCUGUCCUGCUGUGGCUGCAAGGGGGCCCCGGAGGCACCUCCAUGUUCGGACUCUUUGUGGAGCACGGACCGUACGUGGUUUAUAAGAACAUGACCGUGAACCUGAGGGAUUACGCCUGGACUGCCAAAUAUUCAGUGUUAUACAUUGAUAAUCCAGUCGGAACAGGUUACAGCUUCACGGACGACGACCGCGGUUAUGCUCAGAAUCAGGACGACGUCGGCAGAGAUCUGUACAGUGCUUUGAUACAGUUCUUCCAACUCUUUCCCGAGUACCAGUCCAAUGACUUCUAUGCGACUGGCGAGUCCUAUGCAGGGAAGUACGUUCCUGCCGUCUCUUACUACAUCCAUAAAAACAACCCGACUGCCAAGGUCAAACUCAACUUCAAGGGCAUGGCCAUCGGUGACGGGCUGUGUGACCCGGAAAUGAUGCUGGGCGGCUACGGUGAGUUUUUGUACCAGACGGGCAUGAUCGACCACGUCCAGAAACAGUACGUCAACAAGCAGACCGACUUGGGUGUGCAACUCAUCCAGCAGCAGAAGUGGGUGGAAGCUUUUAAGGUUUUCGACAGCUUGCUGAAUGGCGACCUGGCACCGUACCCUUCCUUCUUCCAGAACGCAACAGGCUGCACCAACUACUUCAACUACAUGUUAUGUCAGGAACCUGAAGACCAGGAGUACUUUUCCGCGUUCGUGACGCUGCCAGAGGUGCGGCGCGCCAUCCACGUGGGCGACCUGGAAUUCCACGACGGCUCGCGGGUGGAAAAGCACUUGAUGCAGGACGUGAUGAAGAGCGUCAAGCCGUGGCUGGGUGUGCUCAUGGACCACUACAAGGUGCUGAUCUACAGCGGUCAGCUGGACGUGAUCGUGGCGGCUCCUUUGACCGAGAGGUUCCUGCCCACCGUCAACUGGACCGGAGCGGCCGCCUACAGGACGGCGCCGCGCUUUCCCUGGAAGCUUCAGCCCGAGGACACGGAGGUGGCCGGCUACGUCCGACAAGUGGGAGAGUUCUACCAGGUCAUUGUCAGAGGAGGCGGGCAUAUUUUGCCGUACGACCAGCCGGCGAGAUCUUUGGACAUGAUCGACAGGUUCCUCUCAACACGAGGCUGGAUGUGAAGAGCUCGGCUUAUCAAGCACUCUUCAUGACUGUUUGCAAAUCAGGUUCUUAUUAAUAUUGCUGCUAAUCCCGACAUCGUAUUUGAACACGCAAUUCUUUUUUUUUAUAAUCUCAUUGCCAGUCACUUCAUUGUAAAUGAAAUGGUACAGAAUGUCUUUUAAUCCGUAUAGCUAAUCAUAUGGUUUCCUGAAUAUUUUUAUUUUGUUUUGUUUUUAUCAUUACCAAUCAUACUUAGUGAUUAUCUUAAAUUCUGAUCUUUUAAAGCAGACACAUUGUGGCCUAACAUGACUGAAUUUUAGUUUUGUUUUUUGUUUUUUAAAUUUCCUUCCAAAAGCAAUCUUUUAACUUAAAUUGCUAUGAAAUAAAAGGCACAAUUCAAAAACACUGUUGUCCUAAUAUAAUAUAAUAUCUAGGGGAAGUUUUGUUUAUGAUGGGACAAUCUGUUGAAAGUAUUGUCUUGAUGUAUUUAAAGUGUACCUGUAGUAACUAUAAUACCCACCAAUGGGCACUGUGUGCAAAGAUUUUUCACCAAUCCACAAAUAUGAUCCAGUGAUCAUCAUGAUUUGGGAUGGGAAUCUGACUUAAUUGGCUUGAUGAAAAUUGGCUUUUUUUUCUUUUUUUUUUAAAUACGUUUUAUGUGUCAGAAAAUAGGAAGGAAAAGUGAUAAAAUAAGUACAUCGAUUAUGCCUAUUCCUAGUUAUGACAGAUCUGAAGUGAAUCAUUUUCACCAAAAUUGCUAUUGUAGUUUUGGAUGAGAUUUAACAGGAUAUAACUGUUGUUUCUAUGCAAGAUUGAAAAACUAAUGAUGUCAAUGAGGGAUUUAAUGUUAGAGGCUUACACAAUUUAAAAAACAUUGAACUGUUUUGACUUUAUUAGUGAGCAAUUUUGUCACGAAAACCUGCUGGCAUCAUUUUGUUUUGCAACUUUUCCCAGUUAUGAAAUCAACUCAAGUCUCUUAGUUGCA